AUUUAACAUUUCUGUGCACGAUGUCUGAAAAGACACUUGACGUUUGCAUCGAUGGUCUAGGUCGUGUAAUCGAACUUACGAACGGGGCUUGUGAUCCUUUUAGGAAUAAAGUGUUGCAAAGAUGACGGGUUUCAGCAACAAGCCGCUCAUCGUUGAUGGAAAAGGCCAUCUUCUUGGCCGAUUAGCUGCAAUUGUAGCUAAACAACUUUUGGAUGGAGACAAAAUCGUUGUUGUCAGGUGUGAACAGCUCAACAUUUCCGGAAAGUUCGAAAGGACCAAGUUGAAAUACCUUUCAUUUCUCCGUAAAAGAUGUAAUGUAAACCCAGCUCGUGGUCCCUUCCACUUCAGGGCCCCAUCCAGAAUUUUCUGGAAGACAGUUAGAGGAAUGGUACCUCACAAAACAGAGCGUGGAAAGCAAGCCCUCAGGAGGUUGAAGGCUUAUGAAGGUAUUCCUCCACCAUAUGACAGGAGGAAGCGUGUGGUUGUACCUGGAGCUCUUAGAGUUAUGUGCCUCAAACCAGGCAGGAAGUUCUGCCAUGUAGGACGUCUGUCCAAUGAAGUUGGCUGGAAGUACCAACCAGUCGUAAGGACUCUUGAGAACAAACGUAAGGUUAGAGACGUUCUGUCUAUCCGCAAGAGGGACAAAUUGAAGAAACUGACGAAACUGGCUGGUGAAAAAGUGGCUAAACAAGUAGCACCCUUCACUGCUGUGAUCAAUAAGUCAGGAUAUAACUGAGUUUUAAGUUAAUAAAUUUUUAAAAACAAA